UAGUUCUGUCGCUCGCAAGGCAUCGCAGCGAUGCAGUAUGAAGCUGACAGGUGUGCAGAGAGGUGAACUGGUCAAGUUUUUUUACAGCACAGGAAGCAAUGCCGAGGCGGCUCUGCGGGAAUACCGGCGAGUGCACAACAUCCGCAGCGGGCCGUGUUCAAGAGUUGCUGUUCACAAGCUAAUCAAAAAAUUUGAGGAAACCGGUUGCACUUGUGAUAAGCCUCGCAGCGGCAGACCACCGACCCCAACCGAAGUUGUGUCUGAGAUCAGCCGGGCUGCAGCAGAGCCAUCCAGCACAAGCACACGUGCUGUCGCCCGCAGCCCGGAUUUACCGAAAUCAACUGUUCUGAAAAAGCAAGGAGGGGCAUGGAGGGCGCGGAGGUAAUGGAAGUGGACCGGUCCGGGCUGGUAUCGGAGGACGGGAAGAACGCGAAAACAGUGCUGUGCCAAAGAUGUGGGUCCAAGGUGUUGUGCCCGGGCAUGGCUUUGUUUGCGGAGAAAGAGCUCUUCCUCCCCGCGAUGAUGAAGAAGAGGAGCACGCCGGGCAGCCUUGGCGAGGGCUCCGUGUCUGGAGAGCAGCUGAAGGAUCACUGGCUGGUGGACGACAUGUACGCCUUCGAGAACGUGGGUUUCACCAAGGACGUGGGCAACGUCAAAUACCUGAUCUGUGCGGACUGCGAGGUGGGGCCCAUAGGCUGGCACUGCCUGGACGACAAGAAGAGCUUCUACGUGGCUCUGGAGCGAGUGAAGCAUGAGUGAUGGGGAGCGCGGUCCUGCAGAGAUCACAGACUGUGUGUCCACAAGCCUUUCAAUCCUACACGUGGACUGGGCGACUAACUCCGUGACACUGAAAUCCUUCACUCAUACCGUUGCCACUCUGUGUGAAAUGCAACGUGAGGUGGUAGGCUUUGUCACUGCUCUCGUGUGAUUUCUGGGACUCGGGUUUUAUUUUGUGGUGUUGUUGCUGUACGUUGCACUUUGUCUGUAUUUGUCUUUUGUUGUGUUGAAGUUACAAAGAGAAGGUUAACGUGGUGGAGAUCACGAUUUCAUUUUCCUGUAACGCAUUUUAAACAAAAUGUUUUGUAACUGUAGUUGGCUUCACAAACUAAUGUUGUAGCAGUACUAAAAUAAACUUUAACAAACGCC